AUGUCCAAUUUUCAACGAACAAGAAGCAAGGUCUGGUGGGGUGACGCAUCGCCAAAUAUUGGCAGUCCAGUGGCUCCAGCCGAGUGGAACCAAAACAAUCGACGAGAUGAUCAAGAAUGGGAGCCACAGCUGCCGCAUUGGAUAGCGAACCAGCCCGAACAAAGAAACAAUAGCCAUGAUAAUUUAGCUAGGCCCAAUAAUAUGCCAAACCAAUGGCCUCUUCGUCACGGCAGCCCUGGCAGCCAUAAGAGUCAGGAUUCAGGAUUUUCUGACUCUGAUAGCUCCCCACCGACUUCCCAGUAUUACUCUUCCCCCGAUAAUAGCAACGAUAAAAACAAAUCAAUAAAUAGCAGCGACUCGAAUAAUAACGAAAAUGUAACAGUUAAACAAGCCAUUGAUUUUCAAAAUACAUCAUGUGGUAAAGAUGUUGUUGAUACUUCAAGAACAAUAGAUACCAGUAGUGGUGCACCCACACCAAAACCUCGAUUACGAAGUAGCAGCGUAAUUCAAACUCCAUACGAUUUACAAAAGUAUUGUGAAAUUCAUCACGACGAAGAGCAUUUAGAAUUGUUAAAAGAUAAAGAAAAUGAUGGUGAAAACAAUAUAGCACCCAAAUAUCCUGCCCCUAGAAAUAUAAAUAAUGAUAAACCAACAAAAGAUAAAGUAACGAAAACUAUAGAUAAAACUAUAAACUCAAAAAUCAAUAAAAACGUAAACAAUUCAGCGUCAGAAUCUAAUUCACAUAAUAUAGCCAAUAAAGGAAAUACUCUAAACUCAAGUGCAAUAGAUGUAGAUACCAAAGAUAUAUCUGUAAAAAAUCUUAAUAUUUUAAGUCCUUCUAAGAAAUAUCCAGUUAAGAAAUUCGUAUCAAGCACUGACAGCGACAGUACCAAGACGAGCAAAGUAGCUACAGUUAAAGAUUUAGAAACGAGUAAAAAUAAAUCUGACGAUAGCAUUGAAUACAUAAGGUUAUCGCACAACAAUGAAAUUGCUGUCAAUAAUCAACCUAGAGUUCGUACACCAAUAACUAAUGUGUCAUAUGUACCUACAGAAAGAAUUUCAACCGUAAAACCACAAUACAAGCGAAGUAUGUCUAGUGAAGAGAACAUUCCUAUUUCCACCACACCUAAAUUUCAAAGGAACAGGCUUAAUCAAUCACUUAACUUCGAAGGCCAGAGACUAGACCAACAAAUACUAGAUAUUCAAGAAGGUUAUCACUCCCUAGGGUACAUAGAAGAAGAUGAACAGCCCAAAGUAAAUAUACAGCCUAAAGAACAAUUACACAAACCAACUAAAGCCCUCUUAGGUAAGAAUAUUAUGGAUAGCCUCCAUUUAAAACCGUCCAAAAAAGUUGGUCCCAAAGCAAAACAUCGAUCCGCUACGAAAGAAAAAAAAGAACCAUUUAAAUUUUUUGGUUCAAAGAAGGAAAAACCUGGUAUAGUAGAUAGCAAAGCUGGUGGAAUUUUAAAUGGAAGUCGUGUACCGUCCCUAGGUCUACCUAGAACCUGUGACCAGGAUUCCUGGGUUAUUGUUGGUUAUCCAAAAGAGCAAGAAAUGUUGAUACCUAGUUAUAACGAAAGGCUUAUAGGAACAGAAAGUGAUACAAACACAAAAAAUAAAAAUAAAGUCUCUUCAAAUGACAAUUUCGAUAAGAACAGACUGACGCCGCCACUGCAAUUUCAAGACAAACAAAAGAUUCCUUACGACACGGGCUCUAAAUCAGACAAAGAUUUAACACACGAUUCAAAAAGGGAGAAAUUAAAAGAUCAUGAUUUAAACUUUAUGGACGUUCAGCUAGAUUUAGGAUGUACUUCGACACCAAAAAUGCUCGCACCUCAUGAGUUCAUAAAUGGUGUACAAAGUAGCAAUAAGAAAACACCUCACAGAGUUAAUCUACUAGAAAAUUUUAAUAGCGGACUAGUGUUAAAUAAUCGGGACGAAAUAUUGUACAGAGAGAGGAGUAUAGAUCAAACUACAUUAGAGCGGUUAUGUGAAAGGAAACCAGAACCUGUGCAAUAUUGGCUUUGCGAUUUGGUCAGUUCGUGUGAAAAUGAAUGCAUGACGACGUUGCAAAGUAAGCCUUUGGGUGCUGAGAUGAAGGCAAUGGUCUCCGCAAGUUCUGCCACUAUCACUGGAAACAUAAAGAAAGUACAAACGCACGGACAGAUUAUUGUACAUCAAUACAGUGAUGUUAUUAGGCAAAUGGAAUCAAAUAAAACCAGUGAAGAGCAAAUUUGCCUUCUAGUCGCAAAUAUCAACGAAUUUGUCUUAGCUCACAGCAUCACUCUAAACACCAAGCCUCCCGGGGAAACCCCGGAAAGAUGGAACAAAAUAAAACUGUCCCUACAGUUGUACUUACAAAAACUAAUAGACAUAGGCGAAGAUGUGAAAAUUGAACUAAACGAAAGUAAACCGGAGUGGAGCCUAGUUCAGAAGCAUUUGGAUACUCUAAUCGAAAUAUUUUUAGAAACUACCAAGGCGGUUCUAGUGCAACAGAUGAAGACUCUAGUAUCAAUAAUAGAAGAGCCGCCAUCAGAUUUAAUACUAAAAAGCACGCUAACAUCGAUAGGUCACCUAGCAAUGCUUAAUGAGAACUCGGAAAGCUCGUUACAUGAGAAAUGUGCAAAGAUAAUGAAAAAUAUAACAGAACUGCCAUUCGUAGACUGUGGCGUCCCUAGAGCGUUAUUAACAGCGAUUAUAGAAACUAAGAAAAGCUCGAUAAAAGCCUUGUCUCUCAGAGCUUUAGCGACAGUCUGUGUGAACGGGGAAGCUGUGAAACAGUUUGAAGAGGGCGGUGGUAUAGAAAUUCUAUCAGACAUACUGUCAGAUAAAUCGAACCCGGAACCACAGAUGAGAGAGGCCAUCACUGUACUCACGCAGAUCACUGCGCCGUGGCUGCGCGGCCACUACGAUCUCACACAACUACACUUGUAUUUGAAUUCCAUCGUUGAAAAUAUUACUGGCAUUGUAUCAAAAACUGAGUGCUGUCAGUUGCUUCUGCUUUGUACCGCGUGUCUCGUGAACUUGGUGCGAGAAUUGGAACUGGAGAGGAAGGAAGAUGCAAAUAAUGAAUCAGAUAUUAUAGAAAUAUUAACCAAACAUAAAACUGUUGAGCGUCUGUUAGAUGCGGUUAAGCGACGUGGUCCAAAUAUAUCCGUGUUUUUGCAGGAGCAGACGGCGUCGCUGCUGGCGUCGCUGUCGCGCGCGGCGCGCGGCGUGCGCCGGCUGCCGCGCGCCGCCGCCAGCGCCGCGCUCGUGGCCUUCGCGCGCGCCGGCGCCGCGCCCCCGCCGCCCCGCGCGGCCGAGGCGCGCGCGCUGGCGCGCCUGCACUGCCACGCCGCCGAGGCCAUCUCUAGACUAGCAGUAGUCCCCGACGUCGCCCAACAAAUAGUACAAUUAGAGGGCGUUCCACACCUUACCCACUUGGUAAGGGUGCAACGGACGCGCCCGCACCCCGAACUCAAUCCCGACCAAACGCUCAUAUAUUGCUUAAAAGCUCUCAGAACUUUAUACAAACACCAUCCAGAAGCUUUUACUGACAGCAAAGACGUCGAUGAAAUGGUCAGACCGCAUCUGAUGGAAUCGUUAAUGCUCUUCUCCGCAAAGCAAGAAAGCUACGUG